AUGGUUUAUGCUCAUGGAGAUACCAUCACCGAUCACGUCAUCAGACAGAAAGCAUCACAACUGGCCGUAAAUCUUGAAGUUGAUUUUGAACCGAGCAAUGGCUGGCUCAUGCGCUGGAAGCAGGCCAAUAACGUUUCCUUCAUAAAAUUUCACGGCGAAUCAACGUCGGCAGAUCACGGUUCUGCCAACGAAUGGGUGACAAACGUUUUGCCGCAACUUUUUCGUGGAUAUGAUCCAAAAGAUGUUUGGAACUGUGAUGAAACGGGAAUUUUCUACAAAGCCAUGCCGUCUGGAUCUUUGCGAUUUGCCGGCGACGAACAGUCAAAUGGGACAAAAGUUCCAAAAGACAGACGCACGAAGCUUCAGUUCACAAACAUGGACGGCAGUGAAAAGCAAACUGUAGUUGUUGGUAAGUCGGCAAAACCACGCUGCUUUAAAAAUGUCAAAACUCUGCCGUUUUCUUACUUCGCUAAUCGUAAAGCCAGGAUGACUAGCCAGCUUUUUACUGACGUUAUGAAAACGCUUGAUCGAAAAAUGAUUGCUCAAAAUCGAAAGAUUAUUCUGUUUUUGGACAAUGCAACUUGUCAUAACUUACUGCCGGGCACAAAUCUGUCAAACAUCAAAUUGUCGUUCAUGCCACCAAACACCACCAGUCUCAUUCAACCUUUGGACCAAGGCAUCAUUCGUUCAUUCAAAGCGUAUUAUCGUCGGGAACUUGUUCGAAUGCAAAUCGCAGCGAUCGAUGCUACACCGCCAGUGCCGCUGUCCGAGGUGGCCAAGCAGAUAACUGUUUUGAAGGCCAUGCACAUGAUGAAGCGAGCACUUUUCAUGGUCAAACCGUCAGCAAUUCAAAAUUGCUUUAAAAAAGCCGGCUUAUUGAAUCACAGGCUGAAGUGGAAGAAAUACUCGACGAAAAUGAUCAAGUUUCUCCACCAUCGGGCAUGGAGCAAACAGAUUUUGACGAAUUUAUCAGCUUCGACGACCGUACACAAUGUUAUGGAGAACUGA